CAUCAAAUCUUAAUCAAUAACGUAUCAAGAAAAACCUCAGCAAUUUGGCUUAAGUUCCUCUAGAUUCUGCUAUUCCUUAGCCAAUCCAAAUUCUUCCCUUUUCGAGUUUCGCCCCUUCCGUCUCUCCCAAGAUUUGCUCCAACCUCUGUUGUUCUUAUUGUCUUUUUCCCCUUUCUGAGAGCCCACGCCUUGUUUCUCUGCUUCGAGCCGAUUCUGUGGCACUGAUUUUGUUCUUCUUCUGCAACCACGUUUUUUUUUUAAUUUUUGUUUAGGUUUCAAUCCCAUCGGCUUUUCAAUUCUCGUAUGGGUAGUUGGAGAAGAGAGAGAGGAGAAAUUCGUGACCAAGAAGUGACGGGGACGAGAUUACAGGGCAGAAACGCACGUCUAGUUAAUUGGCACUCCGAUGUGCCAUCAUGGGAGAAGAAGUUUUGUUCCUCUGUUGGGUUGAUUCCAUGGAGAAAGCUGCUGGACACCAAGAAGUGUAUGUAUCUCUACGACAGUGUAGUCAAAUGGAAUGACUCGGCAGGCGAAGAAGCAUUUCACAAUGCAAAGAGUAGAUUUUGGGCAAAAAUCAACGGCCUUCCUUGCGAUAUAUCAAUGCCUGAUCCUAACAUCUAUAUAGAUGAGAUCGAUUGGAAUUGCAGUGUUGACCCUGACCUGCUAUUAGACCUGGAACGGGAACCGAAUCCCCCAGUAGUUCGAGAGGGAGAUGAAGUGAUUGCGGGUUUGUAUGAGGCUCUUGGCCUGUAUCAAUCAUAUUCGGGCACUGGAUGGGGCGAAGCUGAAGAAGAUUUUCAGAAACCUAAUGCUGUACCAUUUAAAGCAGAGCAUGGUAAUUUUGUUCCGAAUGCUGAUGAUGGAGGAAACUCUUGGGAGAUGAACUAUGCUCCCAAGAAUAGUGUAGGUUUGAGAGAUGAGUAUUUGAAUAAUUCAGUUGGUUGGAAUGAUUGGGGGAAUAAUCACAAUGAAUCAGACAGAAGGCUUACAGAUGGGAUUUGGAGAACAUCAUGGGGGGAUGCAAAUGCAAACAGCAAGAAGAUGAGUGGAAAUUGGUACCAUUCGACGUCGUUCAAAGCUUCAAGAUUCCAUUGUGAUGGCUAUGGCUAUCAAAAGGAAAAUGGUUGGAGAAACAGGAGAGGAAGGAAGAGGGUAAAUUUUGCUCAUGAAGCUCAUGCUCCAGAAACAAGUUGGAAUCGCUUCAAUUCUAGUGCACCAGUUAGCCACCAUUGGUCUGGCCAUGCAGUCCAGAGGAACCAGUUUUGUGAAUAUUGAGUCUUAUAUCAUUCGUUAUAUUCUUUGUUAGCCUCAGCUAGAGAUUUACAUAUAAAACAGGCAAAGUACGUCUCGUUUGCUUUCUCACUUUCUCUACGCGUUGCAAAUCUCGGUGAGUAUAUAUAUAUACAAAAAUAUCGUUAGCGGAUAUAUCAAUUCUCUUCUCCCCCUAAUUGCUUUGUACAGUAGAGUCUAAUUGAGCUAUAUUUUUGACGCUGUUGGUUAGUUCAUACCUUUAUUUGGUGUAUACAAAAAUUUCCCUGUAAAUUAUGUUACCAUCCUGUUUCGUUUUUGAAAUUCAUUGCUUGUUCAAUGGUUUUGGCCCUGUUAUUAUUGGGUUUUGAUGUGACUGUCUGGUUUUGGAUUAUGUGGAAAAUAAUGAAGUGUUUGAUGAGUUUCGAAGCCAA